AGGUUUUCUCCAAACAUUGACGACUACAAUUCCUACAGCAGCAAUAUUCCAGGAGGGACUUUGCGCCACUAUGCGGAGAACAACAUCGACUCGGAUCCGUUGUUUUAUAACAGCAGGCCCAGAAGCAAACCAGAUAUUUUCAGUCAAGAUGUCUGGCAGAGCUGCGAAAGCUCUUUCUACAACCAAAGCAUGGAUAGUGUGGAUGCUGCUUUAUCUGUGGAUCCAGUUUGUUAUGGAAUUCAAGCAGCAGUUAAGAAAGCGUUGAGGAGACCAAGUUUGGAGAGACAAACGACUUUAUAUGAUGAUGCAGCAUGUUAUGACACUGGCCAAACCACGUUUUAUACAGCGGCUGAAGUCACUCAAGUUAACUACGUUAGCAGUUCCAUUUCGUUCAAUCAGAACCAAAGCUGCGAUGAAUAUUACGACAGCUCUUCAUUUCCCUUUCAAGAAGAAAUGUACGGGCAGGACCAAGAGGAUCGCCAAUGGGACUCGGGAGGGAACGUCUACAAUGAAACUGUUCCAAUGAGCAAAUCUGCGGGAAAAUCUGGUAAAAAACUGCCCGCAAUUCCUCUAGCACAAGGGCACAAGCGGAGGUCAUCCACAGCGGCGAUGGAUGAAGGGUACAUGGGAUAUGGCGAUGAUAACUUCCGACCUUCCAUAACAACUCCUUUGGGUAGAAGGAAAAUGCCUCAAAUUCCCACUAAGCGGAGUUCGAGUCGUCAAAGCUCGUACACUGAAGAUAAUUUGAAAACAUUCGAGACGCCUUCACAUCGAGGAGCUAGCCUUCCACCAACCCCAACAAGGAGCUCCAGCAAGGUCUUGGCAAAAGUCCAAAUUCCUGCAAAUUCGGCUUUCAACAGUCUACCAACAACACCUGGCAGACAGCUGCCGAAACCGGAUCCCAACCACCGCAGUGCCAAAGCAAUUCGGAACAAUCGGAUGAAAAGAACCAGUUCUGCAGACUAUGGAGAAACUGAUACUUACGAUAAUUACUACAUAAGAGCAGGUGCGGCAAGUGCUCAGAACUAUAACGAAGACUAUAAUUACGCAUAUCGCAGCAUAGAAGACAACCUUCCAGAAGAAGACAAUCUUGUAACAAGUUUCGCCGCCACAAAACCUUCCGUCAGUGAAACUAGAACUAGUACCGCAAAUAACAUUAAUAGCAUAUAUUUUAACGCACAACACACAAACACUAAUAGUUACUAUUCAAAGCAACUAGGUAGCAAUAGUCCGCUACUCCAGUUCCAGAACACUGAUAGUUUAGAAAGUAAAGAUGAUGAAUUGAAGGAGUCUUCUUUUGAGACAGUUGUGUCGUCAGUGAAUAGCAGCAAUCAGUACAAUCAAGCAAAAUCGAUACCUUACAGUGACUAUGCCAGGUUUUCCAUCGUUGAUGAUGGGGAAAGUAGAACUGCAGCCCAUGUGCCUGAAAGCUUUGGAGACCAUCAUUCCAAAACCAAAGCAAUAUGUGAUACGACUUCGACAACAUCAGUCGCUACUACAAUGAUGAACAAUCAGACUGCAUUACGGAACCAAAGAACCAUGGUUAAACAAGAAUCUGUGGAUCAUUCGUUGACACAUCCCUAUCUCAGUCACCAGCAGUCCAUCGACAAUACUUUCCAGCAAAUUUCAAGCUACAUUGGGACUCAGAUAUCGGACCAGAAACGGAAUAGUUUAGAUAAAAAUCAGGUGAAUGGCUAUCAGCAAAACCAAGUUACUGGGUACACGACGAAACCGAUUUCUUCAUACGACCAAGACACCAAUAAAUUUGCGAAAGAUUCCGGCAGCUUUCAGUCCAAUAAUAUCAGUGGGUAUCCACGAGGAGCUUUGGUUGAACAGUACAGUGAAUACGAAGAAGAGCCGUAUCUGGAAGCGCAAGAAAGUAUUGACAGUUAUGUUGAUGAAGAUGCUGGAAAUACUGGUGGUGGCCACCAAUCUGAUUAUCCGAAGGCGCCGGUUGUUACUAAAGUGUCCACAAAUCAGCAUGACUCUCCAGCAAAUGAUAGCGUUGUUGAUGAGGAAACUGGUAGUUUGCGGAGGGGCUCGUCACAGAUAACAAUUGUAGAUCCCUAUCAUCCUUCGUUGCAACAGAGAUCGUCCGUAUCUCUAGGCAGACGAACAAGUGAUUCUGCAUCUUCUCGAAAACUAUCAGAUAGUUAUCCUGGUUUUGAGGAUACUCUUGGAAGGAAACCAUCAAUAGUUGAUGCUAGUGGAAUUCCACGUCGAGGUUCAGUUCGUCACUCGCCAACAGUAGUGCCAACUGUUACCAUACAAACUGAUUAUCGCGAGAACAUUCCCGAGGAAAAUCACAUUACUAAAUUGCAGCAUGAUGAUUUACAGAAAACUGCAUACGAAGAAGAUGAACAAAAGGAAAAGGUGACUGCACAUGCACGAUGGCUCUGGGCGUUCAACAAGAUUCUCCUGCAAAUUCAUGUAAGUAAAAUGUUUCCCAAUCAGUUGAUAGUUAACUAAUGAUUUAAACUCACAAUGAUAUUAAGUGUUUGUG